CGUUUCUCCCCAAAGGGUCCUUUCCCUCCUCUCUCUGGAAUUUUCCUUUGUCUUGCCCGCCAACUAAAGGUUUAGUGAUUUCCGCAUGAGAGACGUUAGGAGGAGAAUGGUCAAAGUCCUGGGUUCAAAGUCAACAAACGGCCGAAGUGCCAAGAUGAAGGACCCAAUCGGCACCUGCUCUUACAAUGAACUCUAUCAAAAGGUGAAACAAUAUUCAAAGGAUGGAGAAAACUUCUUCAAAGAACUCAUGACGAUUUUUCAGCAAAGGGCUGAGUUGGAACUUACAUACGCUAAAGGACUACAAAAACUGGCAGGGAGACUCCUCAAGGCCUCCAAAGGGAUGACAAAAAAUUCCACCUAUACCGCCUGGUGUCAUGUGUCAGACGAGAUGUACUCAAGAGCUGACGCCCACAGAUCAUUAGGAAAUGCAUUUAACCAAGAAGCUAUUCUGGAAAUUCGACAGGUUUCAGACGAGCACAGCAAGAGGAAGAGGCCUCUUGACAGUGUCAUUGAAAGAAAUGGAAAGCUGUUCCAUAACAACUGGAGUGAGCAACUUAAGCUAAAGAAGAAACUGAUUGGAUUAACAAGGGAGCAUGAAGCUCUGUACAACUUCGUUGAAAACAACAAGCAGAUCUGCACAGAGAAAGAAAAACAAAAGAUGCUAAACAGGCUGACAAAAUCAGCGGAAAUACAAACACGGGUGGAUGAGGAGUAUUUCCUCGCAAACACCAAGGGUCAUCAAAUGAGACUCAAGUGGGAGAACACAUUAAAAAACUGCUACCAGGUCAUUCUGGAGCUAGAAAAACAACGGAUUGAGGUUCUAGGCAACAUUUUGAACAGAUAUAGCCUCCACGUGGCCAGUUUUGAAAAGACCCUCAAACAUAGCCAAAAACAGAUAGAGCAAGUUGUCCAAAGAGUGGACAUGGAUGACGAUAUAAAAAAGCUGGUGGAGGAAAACAACACCACAGUCGAGGACAACAAAGCAGAGUUUCUGAUAGCCGAUUAUUAUGAGGAAGAAAACAAAUCCUUCAUGAGUAAAGACAGAAGAAGAGCUGCUAUCAAGUUCAAACUCCACCGUCUAGAAGACACCAUCGCAAAAACAAAGAAGGACCGUGAGGGUCUUGAGAAACUGAUGAAAACUUACGCCGCAAAUCCGUCUUUUUCAAACCAGCAGAAUCGUGAAGAAAUUGAGCUGCUGCUGGAUGAGAUUACGUUAAAACUGAAUCUACUGGAAGCCACAAGCUGCAAACUUUCGUUAACACUGUCGGAGAUAGAAGGAAAACCCAAGUCAGGCCACCCUUUUAGUGACAGCAUAUCGAAAUGGAAAGAUAAGGACUGUGAGCACAGCAUCAUUCAGCUGACUCGUCCGGUCAAACUCAGGAAGACGCCGUUCAGAACCAAACAUUCUCUGAGAGCUUCCAUCAUCUACAAGGGACCAGUUCAGAUCCUGUCGGUAUCCCCUGUGAAACCGAGAGGUACCGACCCGGUCACUGUUCCGGCUAAAACACGGGGAGCUGUGGAGGGUAGCAGCACUGCUAAUGCUGAGAUUCCCCACAGAGCCAGUGACAAACCACGAGAUGAAACAACAAAAGUGUGCAGUUUGGGAAAAUGCAAAGUCCUGUUCAACUUCACACCUGAACAUCAAAACGAAUUGGCCUUAAAAGAAGGUGAUCUUGUGGACAUUUGUGCUAAAGAAGAGAACGGUUGGUGGUUCGGUGUUCUAAAGGGACAGAAAGGCCAUUUUCCAUCUGGGUAUGUGGAGGAGCUGCCAGUGAUGAGCUGCACUCAGUCAUCUGAAGGCUGAGGGACCCAAUGAGAAUCAAGUCACUCUUAACAUGUUUGUUACAUUGUACAGUAAAACAAACAAAA